AUGAAUGCGAAGAGUAUGACUGGUGAAAUGUUGAGUCCACAGGAAGGAGCUGGAAGAAGAUGGAGAGUGGUGGUGGAGNAAGAAGUGGUGGUGAAGAAGAAGCGCGGAAGGAAACCGAAGCCGAAGAACGAGGAAGGGCAACAGCAACAGGUGAAGGCCCCCAAGGAAAGCAAGAGAUCACAGCAACAACACCAUCAACAUCAACAUCAGCAGCACGUCAAUGCAAAUGCUGAAGACAAGUACAACAGAUGGAAGGCCGUUGUCCCCGUCCUCUACGACUGGCUCUCCAACCACAACCUCCUCUGGCCCUCCCUCUCUUGCCGGUGGGGCCCUCAGCUGGAGCAAUCUCCUCACAAGAAUCGCCAGCGUCUCUACCUUUCUGAGCAGACGGAUGGUAGUGUUCCCAAUACUCUGGUCAUUGCAACUUGCGAUGUUGUCAAGCCUAGGGUUGCAGCUGCAGACCACAUUUCACAGUUUAAUGAGGAGGCUCGCUCCCCAUUUGUCAAGAAGUACAAGACCAUCAUUCAUCCUGGAGAGGUGAAUAGAAUUAGGGAGAUGCCGCAACAUUCUAAUAUUGUUGCUACUCAUACAGAUAGCCCUAAUGUUCUGAUCUGGGAUGUUGAAGCUCAGCCUAAUCGUCAUGCUGUCCUUGGAGCCACAAACUCUCGUCCAGAUUUGAUAUUGACUGGGCACCAAGACAAUGCGGAGUUUGCUCUUGCAAUGUGCCCAACUGGGCCAUAUGUGCUUUCUGGAGGAAAAGACAAAUCGGUGGUAUUCUGGAGCAUUGAAGACCAUAUAACAUCUGCUGCAGACUCCAAAUCUGGCGGGUCAAUUAACAAACAGAACACCAAAUCUGGGGAAGGCAAUGAUAAAUCUGCUGAUGGCCCAUCUGUUGGACCACGGGGUAUCUACUGUGGACAUGAUGAAACUGUUGAAGAUGUGGCAUUCUGCCCCUUUAAUGCACAGGAGUUCUGUAGUGUUGGAGAUGAUUCGUGUCUAAUAUUGUGGGAUGCACGUGCUGGCUCUGGUCCUGCAGUUAAGGUUGAGAAAGCUCAUGAUGCUGAUCUUCACUGUGUUGAUUGGAAUUUCCAUGAUGUUAAUCUAAUUCUUACUGGGUCUGCAGAUAAUUCUGUUAGAAUGUUUGACCGCCGCAAACUUACAUCUAAUGGAGUUGGAUCAGCUGUUCAUAAAUUUGAGGGUCACUCAGCUGCUGUUCUUUCUGUUCAGUGGUCUCCGGACAAAUCAUCUAUUUUUGGAAGUUCUGCAGAAGAUGGUCUUUUAAACAUUUGGGAUUAUGAGAAGGUGGGUAAAACCACAGAACGAUCUGGAACAACAGCAAGUUCUCCUGCAGGUUUGUUUUUCCAACAUGCAGGUCAUAGAGACAAAGUUGUUGAUUUCCACUGGAACUCAUAUGAUCCAUGGACUAUGGUUAGUGUGUCUGAUGACUGUGAUAGUAAUGGUGGUGGGGGAACAUUGCAGAUAUGGCGCAUGAGUGAUUUAAUCUACAGACCUGAAGAGGAGGUUUUGAGCGAGCUAGAGAAAUUCAAGUCUCAUGUAUUGACAUGUGCAGCUGCAAAGUGAUAAAAUCCUCCCCCCUGGAUAUAUAGUGGUAUUAAUUUCAUUUCUUAGCUUGUCCUUAGAUUACAAUUUGAAAACUGGUAUGUUUCUUCCUUAGCCUGACCCAUGAUUAACAUAGCUGCAGUGACUGUAAUUGAAAAGGGUGUAAUAACCACCUGAUCCUUGUUAGUUCUUACGCUGGAGUUCCGUUUAAAUCUUGUAUGAAUGUUGAAAGGGUGUUUUUAAGUGGACAUUUGCAUGCUGGUUCAAUGACCAA